AUGGAUCCCAACAAAGGUUCUUCCAAGAUUCCACCGGAGCCGCCCAAGUUUCUCCAGAACGCAGACAAGAGAGAUCCCUCCAGAGAUCGCAGAGACCUCCAACUGCUCGUUUCCUCCACUUCUUCCGGAGCAGAGAGAGAGCUUCCCCUUGGAGAAAUGAAGGAUCUAAGAAUAUCAAAGCGGGAAAUAAUCUACCCAGAGCACAAAUCUGCUUCAGACAUUACUUCUGGCCUUCUCCAUGGAUUUUACCAUAAAGGAACGUUUAGAGUUAAUAGUUACAGUUUCCCAUUUGUGGGCUAUGUUGGAAGCGAAAGUAUUGGUGAAGAGAUAGCCAUUUUUGAUAGAGUUAACAUGAAUAGGGCUUUCAAUGGAGAUAUUGUUGCGGUGGAGCUUUUGCCUCAAUGCCAGCAGACGGAGGAGAAUCUUUUAGAUGAUGAAGAUGAUGAAGAUGAUGAAGAUGGCGUUCAUAUUGUUCCAGGUAAUGUUGAUGGAGCAAAAGCUUGUGCUGUUUCAAGUCGCUCAUUCGGCCGUGUCGUUGGUAUUAUAAAGAGAAAUUGGCGCCGGAUGGUUUUCCUUGAUGAUAUAUGGUCGGAUAUUAAUAUUGCCGAUGUAACAAAUUUUGUUCAUCCUGGAACUCCACUUGACAAGGAGGCUGCGCAGAGGGGCACAUGUGUGUAUCUUGUUGAUAAGAAAAUUGACAUGCUUCCAAAAAUAUUAAUUGAAGGCAUAUGUUCUCUUCAGCCCUGUGUAGAAAGAUUCACAUUUUCCUUUAUUUUGACAUUGACACCUGAUGCAAAUAUAGUUUCUACAAGAUUCACAAAGAGCACGAUCAAAUCUUGUGCUGCAUUAUCUUAUGUCGAAGCUCAAGCCCUAAUGGACGAUAGUCGCAAGAUUGAUCCAUUAAUUACUGACCUACGAAAUUUGAAUUCAUUAGCAAAGCUUAUGAGGCAACGACGAUUUGAUGGAGGAGCUUUCACAUUUAAUUCAACAGAAGUUAAAUUUCAGAUGGAUACAGAAACUCGUGAUCCUUUGGAUAUUGGAAAUUAUCCAAUUAUAGAGGCCAGUCAGAUGAUUGAAGAAUUUAUGUUGGCUUGCAAUUUCUUUGUUGCAAAAAAGAUAUUGAAGCAUUUUCCAUCGUGUUCCUUAUUGAGACACCAACCUGCUCCAACCAAAGAGAUGUUGGAACCAUUACAUCGCAUGGCAACAGCUGUUGGCCUUGACUUGGACAUUUCAUCACCAAAAGCAUUGAUGGAUUCAAUUGAUCAUGUCGUUGGUGUUGAUCCAAACUGCAAAAAACAAAUGAAGAUUUUGGCUACUAGGUGCAUGACAAAGGUUAUUUACUCAUGGAGUGGAGAUAUGAAGCCUACUGAGUUUCACCACUUUGGACUUGCAGCACCUUUGUAUACUCAUUUCACUUCUCCCAUGCGGAGAUAUGCAGAUAUUAUAGUUCAUAGAUUGCUUGCAGCUGCUCUAGAAAUAUCAGAACUUCCAGAAAAUUUUCUAGAUAGUUUACGGCGUACAGAGAUUGUAAAUAACUUGAAUUUUCAGCAAAUAAAUGCUAAGAUGGCUAGCCGAGCUUCAAUUUACCUACACAAUGUUAUAUACUUCAAGAAACGACCUAUGGAUGCAGAAGCCAGAAUAAUCAAAAUAAAGCCCUAUGGGUUCAUAGUCUUUGUGCCCAGGUUUGACAUUGAAGGGCUCAUUUGCUUGACAUCGAGAGGAAGUAAAGGGGAAGAGUGGAUUUUAGAUGAGGCACAUCAGAGACUGUCAAAGAAAGGCACAAAUAUUAGUUACUGUUUAUUGCAGAUGGUUAGGAUUCAUGUGAAGGUAGUUGAACGUGGGCCAUACAGGCCAAAGCUUCAAUUUACACUCAUAUAA